AUGAGAUUAUAUUAUUUUUCUUUAGAAAUUAAAAUAAUAAUUUAUUAGUAAAGCAAGCAUUAUAUAGGCAAUCAGAUUAGUUUAGAUAUUGAAUAUUCUAAUAAAAAAUUUUAAUUUAUUUAGAAAUUAAUUAAGGGAAAGUAAAAAUAGCAACAGACAAAGCAAGCAGUAUUCAAAAGUACAUUUUUAAAAGAAGAUUAGCCAAAAAGUAGAUAAAAAAUAUAAAGUUUAUCAAUAAAAUGCUCAAAGAUUCUCAUUAAAUUUUAGAUAAAAUCACGAAGGAGUUUAACGAGAAAAACAAUAAGAGCUGGAAUAAUGACUUAUUGUAUAUAUGCAUUAAAAAUUAUGAAAACUAUUUUUAUAACUAAUACUACAAAAACAAGAAUUAAUAAGAUGUUGCUCUAUAUGAAAGUAACCUUAAGCAAUAGCUGCUCAGUGAAACUAAAGAUCAUAUUAAUUAUCUAUUUUAUACAUUCAUUUCUAGUGAAUUAGAUGAGCUUUUCAACAAAAUCUUUGCUAAAUCUAAAUCGCAUUCUGAUGAGGAAUAAAAGUUUUUUUAAAACUUAUAUUGCAAUUUAAAUCAAACAAAAAUGUUGUUUUAAAUAAAGUAAUAAGAAAUAGCUGAUCUUAUUAACAAUUAAGGUGAUAUAAAUAAGAUAUCAAAUUAAGUUUAAUAAUUAAUGUUUGCCUAUCAAACAAUCCAAGAACCAUCUUUCUAGCAAGUUUAAUUUAAUGCCUUGUAAUAGUCUUACAAAGAAGUAGAAAUUGAUAGCUCGUAACAUAAGAUUAUAAGUUCUGCAUUCGAAAAGGGUAACUUUAAAGUUAACUAUCAAGAAUAGAUUACGAAUGAUAUAAAAUCUUUUAAGUAAAAUAAUAAAAAUAUCAUUUUAGAAAUACACUAAAACUUUUAAGAUGAUAAAACUUUUUAUUUAUUUGUAAAUGAUCAAUAAAGGCCAUAAUUUGGAAGCCUAACAAUUUUAGUUAGUUCGGAAUAGCUCAAGGCAGUUGAUUUCCUCUAUAUUAAUGAAGAAAAUCAUAAUUUAAACUUAACAAAUCCAAGACCAAAUCUAAUUAAUUUAUUUAAGUCGUGGUGGAUAUUUGAGUUUGAAAUGCAUAAAAAUGAAGAUAAAAAAUAAAUUUCUGCUGCACCUUCAGCAUCUGAUUAAGCUUAAAAUGCUUAGUAUUAAACUUAGCUUGAUUUUACUACUCAUAAAGUAGUAAAUUUAUAGCUAAAUUAACCAACCGCUAAUUUUUAUUAAAAUGUUAAUCAAAUAUUAAACUCUGCAUUCGAAAAGGGAAAUUUCUUACCUGUGUUUCAAGAUUAAAUUAAAAAUGAUAUUAAAUAAUUCAUGUAAGUAAAACAAAAUAUCAUUUUAGAAAUAAUUGAAAAUACUUUAGAUGAUAAAACUUUUUAUAUACUCGUAAAUGAUUAAAAAAGACCAAAUUUUGGCUAGCUAAGAAUAUUAGUCACUUCUGAAAAAUACAAAUUAGUUGAUUUCCUCUUUAUUAAUAAAUUUCAAACUUAAAAUUAAGUAAACACUAACAACAAAUUAAUAGAUUUAAUUAAGGUAUGGUGGAAGUUAGAGCAAGACAUGCAAAACUUUUAUUCAGGAUUUGGUUAAGCUUAAAAUGUUUUUUUACAAACUUAGCUUGAUUUUGCUUCUCCAGUAUAAGCAAAUAAUGUUUUAUAACAAGCUUAGCUUGAUUUAGCUACUUACGUAUAACCAAAUAUGUAAAUUAAUUAAUCAAACUCUAAUUUGA